UCGAUUAAGCAAUGCAUCUACGGAGCGUCCUUACUGCCGCCCUCGCGUUUAACCUGCUCCGAUCCAGCGCAGCCUGGCUGUUCAACUGCAAACGCGCUGGUUUCGGAGCUUACACCAUCCAGAAGAACUGCCGCAUGGAGAAUGUGUUCAUCGACAACGCAACCACCCUGUACCGGGUGUUCUUUCCUCCGGUUGAGCUGGAAAUCUACUACGGAUCGAUUCCGGACUUCAAUCGUGCUGUUGCUUCGCGAAUGAGCAGCAAAACGAAACGGCUGACGAUACUGUAUUCCAAAGUGGAACAGAUUUUUCUCAGAGACUCCUUGGAAUACGUGGAACUGAUGCACAAUGCCAUCUCCGAGGUGGAGUUCGAUUCGGCGCAGCAUAUGAAAGUUUGGAUGUUACGGUUGAACUAUAACCUGCUACGGGAUGCUUCGUUUGUGAGCGACAUCAAAACGCUAGUGAUACUGGGGCUCAGGAACAACUUGAUCACCACUGUAAGCUGGAACACGUUUGCGAAAUUGAAACUGUUGAAAACGUUGGAUCUUGGAGGAAAUCCGAUCAAACAGGUCGAUUGUAGUGGCGACUUGAAGUUACCAUCAUUGAAGCGUCUUAUUUUGUCGGAGAACAGCAUUACUCAUUUCGAUCUUAGAAGUAUCGUCAUGAAUGAUUUGAAGGAAUUUAACAUUUCGUCCAAUCAACUUCUUACGCUGAAUACUUUCCAAUUCGAAAGGGCAUUCCCAUCGAUGGAGGAAGUCGAUUUGAAUAAUAACCCAUGGAACUGCGGUCGACAGGAUACGAUUCAAAAUUUGUUGAUGAUCAAAAGAAUCAAAAGACACAAACCGACAACUACGAAGCGAAUCGUAUGCCACGAAGACCAUUUGGAACUAAUGGCGCUGAGUGCACCUGAUGGAAUCGAUAAGUUGGCAAACAGCUUCAAUCUCACGAAAAGUUCGCAUCACAAUCUGCUUAAUAUGCACAACAUUAACACAAGGCUUACGAAUGCGCACGAAAGGAUUUCUUUUCUUGAACAAAUUUUGAUUGAGACCAGCAGUGCAACUAACGAUCUACUCCGGAAAGUAAACCUUCUCUUCAAACUGAACAACCUACGAACGUCACGUAACAUAAAUAUGCGCAGCUGAGUGAUGUGUUAGCAUCAACAUUAUCAACCAAAACAAAGAAAGAAGCAUAAUAAAGCAGUAAAACCAUAAGGUUGUCGCUUUAUUCGGUCGGUCCUAGAUCCGGAAGGAAGGAUUUCCGUUCCGGUAAGCCUUCCUGCCCAAGGUCCAGUCACGAAACAUCAAAGUUAUCCUGUCGCCAUCUGUUUCAUGCAUUCUCUCACUCACUCUAGCCUAACUGCAGAAUAUUUAGUUGUUUGUCAACAAAAUCCUUCUUUUGUGCGGAUUGAACCCUUUGUGCGUGUGUGAGGACUGAAAGUAUGUCAAUAAGCGUGUCCUAGGGAUUUUGUUUAUCUUUUCUUCCGCCAAUGAACGAACGUAAUGGGUGCAUUUUUUGUACGCUUUCCACUUCCG